AUGACGAGUAUUCGUAAUGCUCCUGUUGAUAUAGCAUCUGCACGAAUUUUACAUUAUCUACGAACACAUAAUUAUGAUGAUUGUGCUAUUUAUAUUAAUCGUCUUAAUCCAAGUACAUUCCGUAAAAUUUUAACAAAUGAUAUUUCAAUUGAUAUAUUACUCGCUCAGUUACCAUUUUCAAUUGAAGUAUUUGAAGUAAUCUAUUCAAAAAUCUUUAUUCAUGAUCCAGAUAUAUUUCCUCUUCGCAUCUUGAAACCUGAUCAAAUUAUUUCAAAAAUGAUAAGUAUUUUUGCAUCAGCAUUUAUUGAAAAAUCAUCAAAUACAAUUUCAUCAUCAACAUUAACAAUAAAAAAUAAAGAAAUUAUUAUUGAUGAUGAACGUUUAUUAAGUAAUUUAUCAAGUAUACUUCGAAUUAUAUCCUAUGUUCAACCAGUUUUAUUUAAACGUCUUUUACGUCAAAAAGAAACAAUUGAUGAAUGUAUACUUUAUUUUGAACAACAUCCAUCAUCUUCUCCUCAUCAUCAUCAUACAACUAGUGUAACAUCUUUACAAAAAUCAUCAUCAACAUCAUCAUUAUUACCAAAAAAUCUUGAAGAUACAGUUCGUCAUGAAUUAGAAUCAACAAUUGUUUGUUGUCAACAAGCAUUACAUAGACUUGAAACAAAACCAAUAACAUCACGUACAACAAUAUCAGCACAUUCAACGCCAGUUACAACAAGAAGACAAUCAAUUGUAUCAGCAAUACAAUCAUUUAAUUCAUUUGAAGAUAUACAAAAUCGUUUAUUUCAACAUAAAGCUAUUUUAAAUAUAGUCGAACCAUAUUUAUCUCGUACUAAACUUUAUACAGUUAUUGAUAAUCUUGGAUAUAAAGUUUCAAUUGAUAAAAAAAUUUUACUUGCUUAUUCACAUAUAAAAACACAUGAAAAACAAAUUGCUUUUGGUGAAACACUUUUACCAUUAUUUAAACGAUUUGCUUUUGCCUAUGAACGUAUUAUUCAGUUGUGGAGACGAGUUACUGACAGUACAUUAAUCGAUGAAUGUAAUGAUGAUAUUGUGAUUGAUACUACAACUGUCACGGAUGUUAGUGGAACUGGUUUCGAACGAGCACGUUCGCGUAAGUAUUAUAAUCCUAUAAGAUUUCUUAUAAGAAAAACAACAACUGUUAGAAAAAGAGAAUAG